AUGGUUAGAUAUAUCGGAAAGUUAGAUAAUACGAGGGCGAAGGAAAUGUUUAUUUCCGGCAACGAUGGUCGUGUGCUUAGUAGUGCAGCUUUUGGUUACUUCACUAAAACAGAGAGAAUAAGCAUAGCCCAAAGACUAAGUGAUUUCAUGGGCCUUAUUCCAUCACUUCACACUUUCUUUAAGGAUUUUAAGAUCAUUAAGAGCUACUCGCACUGCUUAAAGCGGCUCUUCUCCUAUAUCGACUACUUAAUUGCAAGGACAAUGGGAUAUAUAUUCCACCCCCCACUAAUUACUGAUUCUAAUCAAGCUACCUUCUAG